UCACACUCAAGUCGCUCAUUUCUUAGAAACAAAAAACACACCAGUUAGAGAGGUUUUCAUCCUAAUCUACUUCGCUGAUCAUGGCUGUGCUUUUAUCUGAUUUAAAUCGAAGGAAGAAGAAAUGGCUGGUUUUUGUUAAGGUCUUAAGCAUCUGGAAUAAUCCUCCUAAACAUCCUAAUGAUCAGACAACUAUGAUUCUUGUGGAUGAAACGGGACAAAGAAUUGAUGCUACGGUUCCUACAAUUGCAAUCAAAAGGAACUUCCCUAGAGAGCUCAGAGAAGGACAGUGGUACCUUUUGUCGGAAUUUGAUGUGAUUCCACCUUCAUUGCCCGAAAGAAACUCUGAUCAUUUUUACCAGAUUAACUGUAAUAGGAACACAGAGGUGGAUCCUGUCAGACCAAUAUCACAAUCCGAUUUUUUUAAUUGUGUGGAUUUUUUCAGUAUCAAUAAUGCAUCAGAAGAAGACAAACAAUAUGUUGUUGAUGUAUGUGGAGUGGUUGUCAGUGUAUCUCCUGUUGGAAAACUUCUGGAAGGUGGAAGUGACAUAGAUUCAAGAUAUGUUACUUUCACACUGAAGGAUACUAUUGGCCAUUACUUGAAUUGUGUGGCAAAAGGAAAUUUCUGUGAAGAAUUUGUAAGGAAGUAUUCUAGAAGAAUAAGUGAUGUGGAUUAUCACAAUGAACCAAUCAUGAUUGUUCUGCGAUUUUGGAGGAUUUCACUUUUUCAAGGUAAACCUUGCUUGAUUACUGGUGUAGGUUGUCCAAGAAUUUUCUUUGAUCCAAAUUUCCAUGACAUCAACAGACAUAAAUUCAUGAAGUGUUACACUCAGGGAAAUGGUGAAUUCACACCCUCAGAUGAUGACGAUGUUUUUAUGGAAGAAGUUGAUUCAAACUAAUACAUCACUUCUGAGUGGAUUGUUUUCUCAAUAUUCCCCCUAUGUUUUAUUUUAUCUUGCUUUUCAUUUAUGUAUGCUUUGUAAAACUUAAUAUUAAAUGUGCUAUUAGCACAAGCUAUGGAAUAAUAUAUUUCCUUUUUUGUU